AUGUGUCCAAUACCGAUAUUCUUUCGUAUAAACCUACGAGUAAUACUCAACAUAUUAGAUUUGAAAUGGAAAGUAAGCAUAGAUGACAUGUCUAGUAAAAAGACAGAAUAUGAUUGUACAAUCGAUAUUAUUAAAAGAUUUGACUUUUGUGGUUUAUUUAAUGAUUUGGAUACAAAUCGUUGUAAAGAACUUGAAUUUCUAAUUGAAAAUCAGCUUGAUCUUCGACUUUUACCAAAUGAUGCAAUUACUCUUGUUUUUCAAUAUUGUGAUGCUAAAGAAAGUUUAGAAUCUAUACUAUCGAUACAAAUUUAUAAUUGUGAAAUAAAGAGACAUUAUUUUGGACAAAAUAGUCGUAUAUUUAUUAAUCAUAAUUCUGAACAAGAUCAUAUUUCUGUUAUGAUUGAUGGUAAAACAGAACGUCAAGGUGAAAUAUUUAUUGUUCAAAUCAAAUCAAAUGAAAAUGAAAAAAGAAAUAAUUUAGCAUGUAAAGGUAAUAUUGAUCGAAUAUUUCAUUAUAUACUCUAUUCUUUAAGCAACCUGAUCAUCUGCGUCAACACUAAAUAA